GCGUAGCGUGGAUUUUUGGUGCCGCGCCGGCGGAGAGGAAAGGCGGGAGCGCUCGCUUGGGCGGGGACCCGGGGGAAUCGGGCCCGGGUUGGGAACGCCGGGAAGAGCUGUUCUCGAAGGCCGGACGGUGGAGGCCAACGGGCGCUCGCCUGUGAGAUUACCUGUCCAAAGAGGCCAUGGCACGACGUAUGCGCAAUAGUAGAGCUUGGCGCUAUGUCCUGAGUGGGGUACGCCGAGAGGCAGACUCACGGACUGCAACAGUGGCCUCUGGAGCCCGUGGCUGGUCAUCUGACACUGAUGGGCAGCAGCACAGCGAUUCUGAUUCAGAGCCAGAAUUUCCUUCUCAGUUGCCCUCCAUACCCACAGCAAUACCUGUGACGGGAGAGUCUUAUUGCAACUGCGAGAACCAGAAUGAGGUCCCCUACUGCUCUAGCUUCCACACGGCUCAUCGGAUGAAAGAUUGCCAGUGUGGAGAGGAAGAUGAAUAUUUCGACUGGGUAUGGGAUGAAUUGAACAAAUCGGCAAAUACUCUUUUGACUUGUGACAGCCGUAAGGUAAAUUUCCACAUGGAUUACAGUUGUGGUACUGCUGCCAUCCGGGGGAACAAGGAGCUAGCAGAGGGUCAGCACUUCUGGGAAAUCAAGAUGACCUCACCUGUUUAUGGCACUGACAUGAUGGUGGGAAUCGGAACGUCAGAUGUGAACCUGGAUAAAUUCCGUCACACGUUCUGUAGCCUGCUAGGCAAAGACGAAGACAGCUGGGGACUCUCCUACACAGGACUCCUCCAGCACAAGGGAGAGCGGAGCAACUUUUCAACAAGGUUUGGACAGGGUUCCAUUAUUGGGGUGCAUCUGGACACAUGGCACGGGACCCUCACCUUUUUCAAAAACAGGAAAUGCAUAGGUGUGGCUGCCACCAAGCUCCAGAACAAGAGAGUCUACCCCAUGGUGUGUUCGACUGCAGCCAAAAGCAGCAUGAAAGUAAUCCGCUCCUGUGCUACCCCCACCUCGCUGCAAUACCUCUGCUGUUACCGCCUCCGCCAGCUGCUUCCUGACUAUGUGGACACGCUGGAGGUGCUUCCCCUCCCUCCAGGACUCAAGCAGAUUUUGCACAACAAAUUGGGCUGGGUGUUGAGCAUGAACUGUGGCUCGCUCCAGACCUCCUCUUCUACCUCCUCAGGAAGCGACUCAGACAGCUCUUGCGGCUUGGACGCCGAGGCGCGUCAUCGGAAGAGAUGCAGGUGGAGGACUUAACUUUCUUCCCUUUCAAAGACGGUGUCAUGAAGGGUGAGGCGUUCCCUUGGAGAUGCAGAGUGACAUUUACCUUCCCGAUUGUACCCUGUUUGAACACAAAAGCCUGGACAAAAUCUCCCUUUAGGAGACAAGCAAUUUCCACAGCUUCACUGUACCAGGUGGCCCGCUGGUCAUCAACUCUGGUUUGCCAGGUUUUCUGGAACAGGCUGUUUGAAACCCAGGCCUUCCAUCAGUCAAAUAGGACAAUAAGCAAUCCUCCCUGCAGCAAAAGGAAUGCUCCAAUUUGUAUGAGGGGAGCCUAGGAAGCUGCCACGUGUGCUGUGUGAAUUGGUCGACGGCUCCAGUGUUUGGGAGCAGAGGAACCAAGUGGUUCUACUUGUUUUUCAGUGGGUCGGCAAGGAUGGUUUUCAGAAGAGAACACUGUGGUAUCAUGUGAGCCCUGCAACACUUCAAAUCGCUUUGCAUGCCUGUUACUUGUCCUGUAUUGAACUAUACACGGGUUAAUUAAAAUAUAUACAGACUUUGAUCAAUAAUGAUAGGCUAGUCCAUUAACCUUACUACCCUCUCAUCUAAAAUAAUUCUAAUUAGUUUCCUAAUCUUGAUUAUUUGGUUCAAGCAUACCAGGCUAGUAGUUGGGAUUAUGUGAAUGGACUUCAGCCAUGGAUGCUCCCUCUUCCUGCUCGUUUUCAGGUCCUGCAUUUUCUCUUUCACAGCCAGCCAUAAUUUACUUAUUUAGAGGUAUUCACAUCCCAAGCAUAUUUCCCAGGGAAGUAAGUUUAGAUACUCCAGUUCUUUCUUUGAUUUUCUGACAAAAACUAGCUGCAGUGAUAUGUACUGGCAGGGCAUUUUGCAAUUUGGAAACCAGUAUUGGUAUGGCUUUUCCCUAGUGAUUCCUUAUGGUUGUAUGGGUAGCUAGAAAAGGCUCUCUUGAUAUUUUUAAUGUAUGGAUAAGCACAAGGAUGAUUACCGUUUCCUUCAGCUUCUCCUACUCUUAAUGCAAAUAGCAAAGUAUGGUUCCUUGUGAAAGGAAUUGUAUAAAGGGAAACAAGGCCGCAUCACUUUGUAGUAAACCAUGGAUUAGUAUUAAUUUCUGAAUUCAACCACUGUGUGAUUUGGCAGUAUAAUAGAUUCUCUUCUGAAGUCUUUGUAUUGUCUGAUUAAAUGAAAGGGAACACUGAGCUGCAGUCUCCGUGGAACUGAUUAGUUAACUGGGAUUAAGAUUACAGUAAAAUAUGG